AUGGCUACAUUUAGUCUCCCAGCCAAAGAUGUAGACGAAUGGAAUUUGAACCCAACUGUCACCUAUCGACAUGUACUUUCUCAGUCAACCGGUGUUCAUAACGCCUUGCGGACAAUUGGUCUUUGCGAUCUAGACUGCUUCUAUGCACAGUGCGAGCAAAGGCGUCUCGGGAUUGAUCCAGAAGCCCUUCCCAUCGUCGUUUUACAGUGGGACAUGCUAAUAGCAGUUAAUUAUCCAGCACGAGAAUUUGGCAUCAAAAGAAUGACAAAGCUUCCGGACGCCAAGAAGAUGUGCCCAAAUCUGGUCGUAGUCCACGUUGCGACGUAUAAAGACGGAGAAAGUGAACCGAAAUAUCAUCCAGAUCCCAAUAACAAGACGCACAAAGUAUCCUUGGACCUAUACCGACGGGAAAGUAACAAGAUUCUCAAUGUGUUCAAGACUACUUUACCCACGGCGGAAAUUGAAAAGGCGAGCAUCGACGAGUCGUUCGUCGACUUCACGCGACCCAUUCAGCAAAUCCUGCUCGAGAGAUAUCCAGAGCUAGCGUCGCCUCCCCCAGACUCGCCACUGAACCUCGAUACUCCUCUGCCUCCACCUCCAGCGCGACUUGAAUGGCACAAGUCGUCAGUUUGGGUACCAGUCAAUCCUGAAGCGGAAAAAGGAACGGAAUCAAGUGAAGGACCACAACAGGAGCAGGAUUCUACUCCAGCUACAUGGCACGACGUCGCACUUUCGAUAGCUGCUGAACUGCUAGACAAUACCCGACGGGAGAUUCGAGAGACUCUAGGAUACACUACCAGCGCUGGCAUAGCACGAAACAAAUUCCUAGCCAAGCUCGUCGCCUCGUACAAGAAGCCGAACAGUCAGAGUGUUCUCAGAAACGCCGCCAUUCCCAACUACUUGCGUCCUUUGCCAUUCCAGAAGAUCCGCUUUCUUGGAGGGAAGUUGGGAACGAUCCUCGCCGAGGAAUACGAGGCGAAGACUGUCGGGGAACUUUUAUACAUCGAUUUAGCCGAGAUGCAAAGAAAAUUUGGCCCAGAGUCACUUUGGGUAUACCAGGUCUUUCGAGGUAUCGAUAUUGGAGAAGGAGAAACCCCCGUCAAUAAGAGCAUGUUAGCGUCGAAGAAUUUGCCAAAACCGAUCAGGCAAGAUGGCGACGUCCUUCAAUGGGUGCGGGUUCUCUGUUCUGAACUCGCGGUUCGGCUUCUUGAAGCACGAGAAACUGGAACAGUGUGGCCGAAGACGAUUGCUUUACAUACUAAACAAGCGGGUGACAGUGCCUCAAAAUCGAAGCAGACACCUUUCCCGUUUGUCCGGGAUCUUACAGGAGAUGUUAUUGUCGCUGCUGUAAUGAAGCUCUGGAAAGAACUGCACACCAGCGACGCCGAACGGGCAGCAAACCCGAACGUACCGAAAAUGAAGAUUAUCAAUAUUGCCGUCUCGUUCAAUGGCGUGGAGACACUCGAGCAAGGACAGCGCAACAUAGCAGGAUUCUUUGGGGGCCCUGCGAGCAAAGGUGCCUCCUCAUCCAAGCUUAUUGCACAGGAAAAAAAAUCACAUGAAGAUGAUUCAAACGCAUCUCCGUUGACGUACAAAUGUCCAACUUGCUCAAAGGUCCUCUCGGUGCUGAGUGUCGAAGGAGACGACGAAGAUACUCGUGCAGCCAGGCUAGAAGCUGUCAAAGCAGAACACGAAGAUUUCCACUUUGCCCAACGACUUUCACGGCAAGAAACGAUUAAGUUGGGGGCCGGUAGUGGAAAGCGUCGCAUAAGUCCUGCACGGCGAGGACCUCCCUCUAAAAAGAGGAAAGAACCAGGCAUCGAGAGUUUCUUCAAAAAGAAGUAG